AUGUUGUUUCAAGGUCUCUCUGUGUUCGCUCCACAGGAUAAUCGAAAAAUCUGCAACUUUUAUCGGUUUUAUUUAAAUAUUUCUUUUUUGUUUGUUUCAGAUCACGUCUGGGAACUGGCCAAGCAAUCCGAAAACAAAACCUUACAUAUCUUCUCUCAGGUCUACUAUUCGAUGGCCGAAUUAUCAACGAAACCCAUCGAGAUCCUCUACCGAGACAUCAGAGACUACGUCAAAAUCGACCCGUCCGACCAAAAACCUACCAAGACCCCAUCCGACAUCGUUGCCAGCGUCAACCAGUUCUUCACCGAACUGUUCCCUCUAGCCUAUCACCAACAAACCGGACUAUCAUCCGGUGAUUUCUACCACAAGAUACAAACAUUUCAAAGACAAUAUGGAUGUGAUAAAAACCCUCUCCGAUUUCCCAAACAAGUCUCAGACUCGUUAUCAAAGAGUCUGGAGACGACUAGACUGCUUUUAGAGGCUCUGGGUAUCGGAAUGGAAGUGCUAAACACCACGCACGCGUUGAUUAUUGAUGAACAUGCUACAACUAACUCUGAGUGUCAUACGGCUUUGCUCAAAAUGACUUAUUGUCCGAAAUGUCUUGCUCUGCCCAAGCAUAAUCGGCCUUGUUCGGAUUAUUGUUUGAACGUGAUGAGAGGCUGUUUGAACAAGUACGUGGCUGAGUUGGAUUUGCCUUGGAACGUGUAUGUGGAGGGGAUAGAGAAUUUGAUCAACGCGGUGAAGAAGAACUCGAACGAGGGUGGUACUAAUGUUGAUAUAGCGAUUAAGAAUUUGGACGUGCAGAUUUCUUCGGCUAUCAUGUAUUCGAUGGAGAAGAUUAAGGAGAUAAUAAAAGGCUUUGAUCGAAGACUUCGAUUUCGAGUGAAAAUGAAUUGCAAAAUUGCAGAAUACACGAAAACCGAGGAGUCCCGAACCACAGAGACCAGCGCCACUACCGAGAGUUUUUCGAAAAUGAGGCAGUCGAACGUCAGGUCGUUUUCGCACUUUCCUACCGCUCAUAUGUCGUUGUUCUUGUCAACUAUGACGAAAACGAAGGGAUUCUAUGCCAGUCUGGCGGAUAAUUUGUGCAGGGAAGAGUCGUUUGCCGAACAAAAGGAUAAACUGUGUUGGAACGGUGAAAGAAUCGCAGAGUACACGAAGACGGUGGUUGACGUCGGCCUGAUGCAGAAAUACAAUCCCGAAGUGAAAACGUCGCCGAAUUCGCAACACGUCGACCCGAAAAUCGCCACUCUGGUCGACAAACUGAGGCAUGUGCAUUACAUGGCAGUCAAAUCCUUAGGUCCCAACUAUUCAGAUCCAGAUUAUAUGCAGAGGGACGGAGUGGACGGGUCAGGAUCUGGAAGUGGACCAGAUUUUGACGAGGAAGACGAGUAUUCCAGAGGCUCCGGUUCAGGACAUGGUCCUAUCGAUGGUGACGACGAAGUUCCACGACACCAUUCCGUCACGCCGGACCACUCCGAAAAAGUCGCCAGCACGUCAACAAAGACAUCCAACUAA